ACAAAAAAGAAAGACAUCUUUGGUAUAACGAUGAUGAUGAUGGGCGAUACAUUUGGAACUAUAGGCUCAAGCAUGGCAAGUUUGUUCUUUAUUUGGGCAACAGUUCAACAAAUCUUCCCUAACCAUUUGAAGAUUGCCAUCAAAGAGUUUCUUUUGUCUUCAUUCCAACAACUAUGUUUCGCUCAAAGAGUUUCAGAUUACUUCACCAACCUCUUCUCUCCUUAUGUCGAUAUCAACUUCCCCGAGAGCGAUGAGUACCGUCUCAACCACGCUUUCUCAGCCAUCGAGACCUACCUUGAGUCGAAAGCAACCGAUAAAUCAAAGCACCUCAAAGGAAGCCAGGUGAAGGAGAACAAAGAGUUGGUCUUAAAACGAGACGAGGUGAAAAUCAGAGAUGAAUACAAAGGAGCUAAUGUUUGGUGGGAGAUUGUGACUGCUUCCGACGAAGAAAGAUCUUACAAGCUCACAUUUCACCACCGUGCAAGGACUCUUAUAACUGAUUCAUACGUACCAUAUGUGGUUGAAGAAGGAAAGUUAAUUAAAGCCAAGAAACAGCAGACGAGGCUGUUCACUAAUAACCCGAGUUCUCAGUGGAUUCUUAGCCACAACAUGUGGAGAUCUAUUGAGUUUGAGCAUCCAGCGAGUUUUGAGACACUAGCCAUGGAUCAAGAGAAGAAAGAAGAGAUCAUGAGUGACCUCACCGCUUUUACCAAUGGGAAAGAUUAUUACAAGAAGAUUGGUAAAGCUUGGAAGCGAGGCUACUUGUUAUACGGACCACCAGGAACAGGUAAGUCCACCAUGAUUUCCGCCAUGGCAAAUUUUUUGAACUAUAACAUCUAUGAUCUUGAACUCACGGCUAUAAAGAACAACUCGGAGUUGAGGAAACUUCUUACAUCGACAUCUAGCAAGUCCAUUGUUGUGAUUGAGGACAUAGACUGCUCUGUAGAUCUUACCGCUAAUAGAACCAAGAAAGAGAGAAACUCAAUAGAACAGGAUAAAGAUGAAAGCUCGGUUACACUCUCUGGACUUUUAAACUUCAUUGAUGGUAUUUGGUCAGCUUGUGGGCAAGAAAGGAUUGUUGUGUUCACAACAAACCACUUGGAAAAACUUGACCCAGCUUUGAUUAGGAGAGGAAGAAUGGAUAUGCACAUUGAGUUGUCUUAUUGCACUUAUGAAGCUUUCAAGAUUCUUGCCAAGAACUACCUGGAUCUUGAUGAUCAUCCUUUGUUCAAGAAUAUCAAGUCUUUGUUGAAGGAGACAGAGAUUUCUCCAGCUGAUGCUGCAGAGAACUUAAUGACCAGAAACCAUAUAAUAGACGUUGAUGGAUCCUUGAAUAAUCUGAUCAAAGCUUUGGAGGAAAAGAAGAACAGCCAGAGGAGUCAACAUGAUGAAGACAAGAAGAAAAGCAACAAGUUCAGAUUAUUUGGUUGAUCUCGUGUUUGAUGAGCUUAAUAU